AUGUACUGCUAUGUAUGGUGGGGCGAGGCCUCUUCGGGACUCGGCAUCUGUCCCUCUGACGACGUCGAUCACUCGUCGUCCUGCUGGAUCCGUCCACCGGCCACUGGGUGGGAAUGCGGCAGACCUCGUCUUUGCGCGUUGCUCCAGGUGGAGCAGCAAUGGCCAUCUCGUCCAGGAUCACUCUCAGGGGCAGCGGCCGAGGUUGAGGAUUGCGACCCGUUUCGUUACGCAGCCAUUCAGAGCGCUGCGAUCGCGUUUUAUGUGGACAGUUUCGUAUACACCAUGGGGACCACAAAAAUGCGCAAAGAAGAGAUCGCUCUGGUCACCAGAUGGUUGAACAAGCCGGAGAUUCAGAAUCUCCUGCGUAGUAGUCAGUCAGACCGGCAGAAGAUGGCUACUGAUAUGAUUUAUACCGAGUACGUCAUUCUGCUGAAGAAUCCUUUGCCCGGCGAGACUACCGAGGUGUACGAGGCGCGUCGAGCGAAGUCAAGGAAUCGCGGUUUGAACUCCGAACACAUCCGCGACGAGACCGAGGCAGAAGCGCAAGAGCGCAAACAUAUGGCGAAAGCGCGUAUUGGGGGCCGCGUGAAGGAGUGGUGUAGGCUGAAAAUUCGCGGGGUCACCCGCACAGGCCAACGUCUUGAUGAAGUCACUCGCCAGCCAAGCAAGACCGCCGCACACGCUACACCUGUGCCAACCGCAGAUGCACCUCGCGCGAAGCCCGCGCCGCCCACAUCGUCCAUGCCGUCCGCAAUCGCCCCUCUUGCGCAUGUCCCUCGUCGAACUGACGGGUACAGACUGUUCAUGCGCAGCGAUCAUCCGUCUAAACCCGAUAUGUCCAAAGACCCCUGUCGCUCAACCCGCCUUCGGACCUGGAACCAGAGCGUGAAGGCGGCCUGGGACGCACUUACUCCAGAAGAGCAGGGGACUUUCGCACUCGAGGCAAAGGCUAAGGACGCGAUGGCUGACACAACUGAAGCCAAAGAGGCGAAGAGACGUUUGGCGACGUUGGACUUGGAGGUCAAGGUCAGGGCAGCCUUGGAGGCGUGGAAGGCCGAGACGGGUUAUGUUGGGGCUGUCUUCUUGGGAGGGCUCAACGCGUACGGGGAGAUUGCGUACAUGUUAUCGCGCGAGCUCGCUGAGGAAGACGCCGCGCGCGCGCUCGUCGCGACAGCCUCGGAGGACGCCGCGUGCGACACCGACGCGCGCAAGCCCGACGCGCUUGCUGUGGAGAAUAGCGCUCUCACCGCGACUGCCUCGGACGAUGCCGCGCGUGGGGACCCGACCUCCGUGGGCAGCGCGACGUUAGCGGAAGCCCCGGACGGCCCAAGUAGUCUCGCGACGCGUCAACGUAAGCCGCCUGCACCCCGCCCAGUGCGCAAGUCUGGCGUGGGGCCAACGCCCGCCGAUGAGAAGCAGGCCAGCCCGCCGCCCGAAACUGCAACGCGGUCGUUGGUACCGAAGUUGGGAGUCAUUCACCCGAUGGGCAGCAAGACCUCGAAGAACGCGCGAGCUGGGAAGACCGCGCGCGGUGGUAAGGCACAGUCUAAUCGUGGAGGCAAGGCGACACGCGUGCGUCUGUUGAGACUCGCGCCGCCGCCGCGGUCGCGAUGGAUACAGUCGGAACGAGGUCUGACACGGGGAAGCGGUCUAGACACUUUCCAUCCCUCAAAGGAUCAGGAUGGAGUCCGAAUACCUACAAGAGAAAACAGAAUGAACAUCGGGAGCAGUUGCGAGAGGAGGAGCGAGAGGGGAAGCGUCAGCGUACUGGUUAGGGAACAGUCACUGAUCGGCGUGAAAUGUGUCACUACCAUCGGACUGACCCUCGAUCCGAAGCCCCUGGGUGAUUCGGCGCCCCGGACUGCUGCGACGAAGUCAUUUAUCGCUCUGCUCACGUUGACGCCUUCGUCACCCCCGUCCUCACUUCACCGCUCAGCAUCUGUCCCCUCUGGUGAAUUGGGCUCUGGCCCAACGUCCGCGCCCCCGUCCCUGAGCGUGGCUGCAAACGGGCUGGCAGAAUUCAGUCUCGCCUUUUGGCCGGAUGCGCACCUCGUUGGACCAUCCACAGAUGCCAAACGCAGUCUGCUCACGCACACCCAUCCGGGGAUGUACCGCACCUUUCUUCUCAAGAUGGAGGACCACUUCUUGAGGGCGCUGCGAAGCCUACCCUCUGAGGACGACAGCGACGACGACGACCAUGCCUACGCCUCCAACUCCGAUGCGUGGAAACUCACAGUAUAUUACCAUUUGCUGUCCGACUGCAAUCCCGUCAGCCGCACGCAAUGGAUUCCCUGGACUGAGGACAACAUCCUAAUUUGGGACCUCGUUGAUAUCUCAUCGCUGAUGUUCAGGGGACCAGGCGAAGAGUGGAGGCCAUGUAAUCGCUGGACAUCGGUUACAGUCAACCACCACACGUUCAACCAUGUCAGAAUCACGAUGCCGUGGGCCAGUAAACUCCGUGCGACCUCAAUCGAUGAUGCAAGUGCAUUCCCCUCUCGCCACGAGGUACUGCCGAUGGACGAUCAUAUCGUGGCCAAGGGCGAUAUCUUCUCCGCUCAUGCGGACCACGAAGAUGAGGACGACGAGAGAUUGGAGGGCGACGGUGGUGCCAGCGAUGGCGGGAGCCAGGGCGAGGGCGAGGAGAGCAGGGGGGAUAACUGUGAGGAGAACAACAGUCAUGACGGUUGGGCCGAGGAGGGCGAAGGCAUGGCCUCUGUUCCCGAUGUUGGUGACACCCUCUUCACCGCCGACGAGGACAACACCGCCGACCACGUCGACACCAACGAGGGGAACGGCGAUGCUCUCUUCGCUGACGAGGACAACGCUAACGAUGACAUCGUCGUUGACAAGGAGAAUGGCGACACCCUCUUUGCCGCUGAUGAGGACGACAACGACGAGUGCGACGGCGAAGAUGCCUUCGCUCACGACGAGGAGAUGGAAGAGGAGGCAGGCAUCAAUGGGCAGGUGGAGCAAGACAACGAGCCCAGUUGCGCUCCCCACACAGCCGCCGGCCACAUGGGCGCGACACUGCCCCGAGACGUCCAGAUACUGGCACCUCGGGUCCUGCCACCUGAGCUCACCGUCUCCGACAUAAACUACUACACAGGUGGGCUAGCGAGUAAUACUACGCCCCGCAACAAUGUGGAGGCAGAGGCGGAGGCGGAUGGGAGCGACACGGAUGGAGGUGGGCAACGCGGGGAGGUGGGCAACACGGGCGCGGAGGCGGUAGGCGGGCGUGGGGGAUGUGAGCGUGUGGGACGCGGGCGAGGCGAGCGUGUAGGAGGCGAGCGAAGAGGAGGCGCACGCGGAGUAGGGCGACGCGGCCAGGCGAAGGCGCGCCUGGCGCGCGCGGAGGAGGCAGGCAGGCGGGAGGACGCGGGCCAGGCGCAGAACGGCAACGCGGAGGAGGGCGACCUGGUGGCGCAGGCGUGGGGGACCCGUGUGAGGCGCAGGCGGACGGUGAGGUGGGUGGAGAAGGGUAACGCGGCGAGGCGGGCGCGGAGGAAGUGGGCGUGGAGGAGGCGGGCGCGGAAGAAGGCGAGGCGGCGACGAGCGACGCAAAGGGGGAGGGCGAGGACGUGGGCGAGACGAGGGCGGACGAGACGAGGGCGAGGCGGAGGCAGGCGACAAAGAGGAGGCGACGUGGGCUGGAACGACGCGGAGGAGGGGGAGAUGAAGGUGGUGGGCAACGCGGCGGCGCAGAUGGCCAAGGGGUGGGCGGAGCAGGGUCAGGAGGAAGAGGGCAGCGAGGAGGAGGGCGACGCAAAGGCGGGUGGCGGGGGCGGGCGACGCGGAGGAGGAGAGCGACGGGAGGGUCGGGCGGACGUCCUUAGGCCUGUCAUGGCAUGGCACGACGGGAGGGGCCAUAUGGUAAACGCCAAAACAGGGCAUUCGCCAGGCUGA